AUGGCAUGCCGCACAGAGAUAAUGCAAUGCACUUUUAGCAAUCUUCCUAUUGCUCAUCACAGGUACUUCCAAACUGAAGAUGUCAUCAUUGGUGCCAUUACUUCAGUUUUUGUUUUAUCUACAGAUAAGCAUUAUUUCAAAGAAAACCCCAUUAUUGCAUUUAUUGAUAAACCUCUGGUUCUCACUAAGCAUUAUCAGCAUGUAUUGGCUUUCAUAUUUGCUGUGAAAAACAUCAAUGAAAAUCUUAAAGUUUUACCCAAUAUCACCUUGGGAUUCAGAAUCCAUGACAAAUAUAGUGGUAAAUGGACCUAUCAUACCACUAUGGAACUUUUUUCCCCUGUAAACAGAUUAAUUCCCAAUUAUAAAUGUGAUACUAAGGACAAUGUUAUUUCUGUCAUUGGGGCUCUAUAUCCUAAAAUCUCUCUUGAUAUGUCACAUAUUUUGGCAGUGUACAAAGUUCCACAGUUUGUGUAUAGCUCCCUUCCAAAAAUGGAAAAGAAAACCCAGAUCAUUUCUCUCUAUGAAAUGGUCCCAAAUCAGGAGCAUUGGUACAAAGGGAUUUGUCUGCUAUUGUCGCAUUUCAGAUGGACCUGGAUCGGUGUUCUGGUUAAAGAAGAUGAGAUAGAAGGAUUUCAGCAAAACAUAAUGUCCAUGUUUUCUCAAUAUAUGGUUUGUGUUGAAUUCUUAGAAAAACUUAAGCCUUUUUUCAUCAGUACUAUUUUUGAUGAAAUAAAACAAUUGUUGGAAGUGUAUGAGGCAAUCAUGAAUAGCAAAACCAAUGCAGUGGUAGUCUAUGACCAAAAUGUUUUACUUUUGAGGGUGUUGUUAUAUUUACCUCAGAUGGAAGAAGUAUUUACAAAGCCUAAAGCUAAAGUGUGGAUCCUGGUCUCUGAGCUGGAUCUUGCUUCCUACAUAUUUCAAAGGGGAUGGGAUAUGCAAGUCCUCCAUGGUGCUCUUUCCUUUGCUGCUUACUCCAAUGAAGUUCCAGGAUUUCAAACUUUCGUUCGAAAUAGGAAUCAUUUAUUCAUAAAAGAAGAUUUGUUUGUGAGAGAAGUAUGGGAACAAACAUUUGGUUGUGACUAUCCCACUUCGUCUGUGAAUGAAGAUAGCAUUUGCACUGGGGAAGAGAGAUUGGAGAGCCUUCCAGCAGCUCUUUUUGAAAUGAGCAUGACUGGCCAUAGUUACAGUAUAUACAAUUCAGUCUCUGCUGUUGGAUAUGCUUUACAUGACAUGCAGUCAAGUCUACAAAAAUAUAGACUGCUAAAGAAAGGAGGGAAAUUGUACUUUCAAGAUCAGCAGCCAUGGAAGCUCCACUAUUAUCUGAAAAAAGUCUCAUUUAAUAACAGUGCUGGAGAUGUAAUUUCUUUUGAUAUGAAUGGGAAAUUGUUAGUUGGAUUUGAUAUUAUAAAUUGGAUAAUAUUCCCAAACCAAUCCCUUCAUCGAAGGAAAGUUGGGAAACUCGAUCCUUGGGCUCCUCAAGAGAAGAUGCUUAUGAUUAAUGAUAAUGCUAUCACUUGGCAUAGUAGCAUUAACCAGAUUAUACCCACAUCUGUUUGUUCUGUUAGCUGCCAUCCUGGUUAUUUCAAACAAAAGCAAGAGGAGAAACCACCUUGCUGCUAUGACUGUAUUGUAUGUCCUGAAGGGAAAUGGUCAGGCUUGAAUGAUGCUGAAGACUGUUCAGGAUGCAAAGAAGAUCAAUAUGCAAGCAAAGAUAAAACUUCCUGUAUUCCCAAGAGAGUAACUUCCUUGACUUACGAAGAACCUUUGGGCAUUGUUUUGACUAUUGUGGCCCUCUCAUUUUUUUUAUUCACAGCUAUGAUUUUUGGAAUAUUUUUGAAACAUCAUCACACCCCCAUUGUCAAAGCGAAUAACCGGGAUCUCACCUACAUUCUUCUCAUUUCUCUCCAGCUCUGCUUCCUUUGUUCAUUGCAGUUCCUUUUUAGACCUGGGGUUAUAAUAUGCCUCUUUCGACAAAUCACUUUUGGACUCAUCUUCUCAGUGGCUGUAUCAUGUAUCUUGGCCAAAACCAUCAUUGUGGUUUUAGCUUUCCUGGCCACCAAGCCAGGAUCCAGAAUGAAAAAGUGGGUAGGGAAACAAUUGGCAACCUUCAUUGUACUUUCCUGCUCUCUUGUCCAAGCAGUCAUUUGUAUAUUAUGGCUGGCAAAGACUCCCCCCUUCCCAGAUGCUGAUAUGAUGUCUGUUACUGAAGAAAUUAUACUAGAAUGCAAUGAAGGCUCAGUGUUCAUGUUUUAUUGCAUCCUGAGCUAUAUGGGUUUCCUGGCAGCAGCCAGUUUUAUAGUGGCUUUUCUGGCCAGGAAACUCCCCAGCACUUUCAAUGAAGCCAAGCUGAUCACUUUCAGCAUGUUAGUCUUUUGCAGUGUGUGGUUAGCUUUCAUUCCAGCCUAUCUGAGCACUAAAGGAAAAUAUGUGGUGGCUGUGGAGAUUUUUUCUAUAUUAGCCUCUAGUGCUGGGUUACUCAGUUGCAUAUUUUUACCAAAAUGCUAUAUAAUUCUCUUGAAACCUGAGUUAAACCAGAGAGAACUACUCACACAGAGAAAAUAUUAA